CGGCAGAGCCGUGAGGCGGCGGCUGCGGGAGGCCGGGGUCCGCGCUCGGAGCCGCCCCAGCCCGUCUCUCCCGGAGCGGCCGCGGCCGGGGAGGGGGCAGAGGCGCCGGCCAUGCGGAGCCCGGCGCGGGGCAGAGCCAUCCCGGGGGGGGGCUCCCGGCCCCCCGCGCCUCUCUGCGCCGCCCCGUGACAUGCGGCGGCGGCGAGACCCGGCUCCGAGCAGCCGCCGCCCCCAGCCAGAGCCACCCGGCGGCCGCCCGCCCAGCAGCGCCCAGCGCCGGUCCAGCUGCCCGCGGAGCCGUCCCAGCCCCCGCCGCCGGCCAGUGGGGUUCCCCUGCCCGCCGCCCGCCAUGGAGAGGGCGCCUGGAGCCGGCGAGCUGGGGGCUCGGGGGCGAGCUCGCCUUUGACCCAGCUCGGGGGGGAGCUAGUGACUCGCUUCGGCUCCCGCUUGUCACCGGGCUCCGCCGCGCCCACAGAGCCCGGCCCCGGGCUCCAGCCUCCGUCCGGAGCCGCCUGCCUGGCGCCCGGCUCCGGGGCGCGCCGUGCGCCCCGCUCCCCGCGCCGCGAUGGAGCCGCCGCCUUGCUCCAAGAAGAGCCUGUCCCUCUCCUUGCCCGUGCCCCGGGAGGGCCAGGCCACCCUCAAGCCCCCCCAGCACCUGUGGAGGCAGCCCCGGACCCCCAUCAAGAUCAAGCACCGGGGCUACUCGGAUACGGACCGGCACCCGCCCCGGCACAUCGAGCGGGCGGACGCCAUGGACACCAGCGACCGGCCGGGGCUGAAGAAAUCCCGCAUGUCCUGGCCCUCCUCCUUCCACGGGACCCCCAGCCACGGCACGAGCAAGCGCUUCGAGGUGGAGAAUGGCCCCUCCCCGGCCAGGAGCCCCCUGGACCCCCAGGCCAGCCCCGGCCUCGUCCUGCACCCCAGCUUUCCGGCCGGCCAGCGGCGCGAGUCCUUCCUGUACCGCUCGGACAGCGACUACGACCUGUCGCCCAAAACCAUGUCCCGUAACUCCUCCGUCGCCAGCGAGUCCCACACGGAGGACCUGAUCGUGACGCCCUUUGCCCAGGUGCUGGCCAGUCUGCGCAGCGUGAGGAACAACUUCUCCAUCCUGGCCAACGUCCCGACCCCAACGUCCAACAAGAGGUCCCCUGUGGGCAGCCAGUCGACCUUCUGCAAGGCGAUGCUGUCAGAGGAGACCUACCAGCAGCUGGCCAAGGAGACCCUGGAAGAGCUGGACUGGUGCCUGGACCAGCUGGAGACGAUCCAGACCUACCGCUCCGUCAGCGAGAUGGCGUCCAACAAGGUACGGCUGCCCCCCAGCGCCAGGACGGGGGUGGGGCGGGGCGGGGGCUGGUCCCUGUGUCUGUCACAGCAUGUGUCCUGCCCCCUCCGUCCAUCCCUCCCUCCAUCCCCACGCAAACCCAUCUGCCUGUCCAUCCCUCCACCACCUCCCUCUGCCUGUCCAUCCCUCCAUCCCACCCCCGUCUCCCUGUCCAUCCGUCCAUCCCUCCCUCCAUCCCCGCGCAAACCUGUCUGCCUGUUCGUCCAUCUGUCCAUCCAUCCCCGCGGAAACCCAUCUGCCUGUCCAUCCCUCCACCAUCUCCCUCUGCCUGUCCAUCCCUCCAUCCCACCCCCGUCUGCCCGUCCAUCCAUCCUCCGUCAUCCCCACAGAAACCCGUCUGCCUGUCCAUCCCUCCAUCUCACCCCCGUCUCCCUGUCCAGCUGUCCAUCCUCCGUCAUCCCCGCAGAAACCCAUCUGCCUGUUCAUCCCUCCAUCUCACCCCCGUCUCCCUAUCUCAACAUCCUGGGUUUGGCACUGGGGCUGGGAGUUGCGUUUGCUGCUCUGACCGGACUAGGCGUGGGGGGCUACAUGUACUACCGCUCCACGAGAAUCCGAAAAUACCGGCUCAGACGGCAGCAGGCCAAGCAGGCCGAGCAGGGCAAGCCGGCCGAGCAGAUGAGCCUGAACGGGGCCACACAGAACACACCUGAACUGGAGCACAGCGUCUACGCCUGGAAUGGAGGACAGCGGCAACGGAUGGUCCGUCUCAGGGUCUCUGGGACAUCGGAGGAUCUGGUUCUCUACUGCCGAAGCAGGAGAUCACAGAUCUGGGCUGAGAGCACCAUCUUCACUGGAUCCUUUGGUGGAUUACAGGAGUCAGGCAGCCAACUAGAGGAGGAGAGGCUGUCCACCGGAGAGAAGGCAAUGGGUCAAUGGAGGCCACCGGACAGUUCGAGGGUGCUGGGCUCGGCCUUCCAUCAUCAGCUCAUUCACGCGUGCUGGGAGUUCCCGGAUAUCCCGUCGUUGAGCCUCAAGCGUCUGCUGCAUCAUUACCAUGGAGUCCUCACCUCUAUUGCUAGUCACUUCCGCACUGCCAACUUCCUCUCCUGA